CCCCCCCCGCGUCUAAUACGACGGGAAUGUCGCGCGUCCGUCUGACCGACCAGAGCCAUGUCCUCCCAGUGGGGCGACCAUCUGGAGGCAGAGAGACGAUGAAGCUCCAGUGCGAGGUGGAGAUCGUCAAUCGGUCGCUGCCGACCUUCGGCUUCAGGACCCGCGGCAGAGGGACCCGCGCGGUGCUGUCCAUCGGCAAACACCACGACCGGGGCUCCAAGACCAACCCGGUGACCCCCCACCUCCUGGUCUGCACCUCGAAAGACAAAGCGGGGUGCAAGUACAAGCUGAAGGAAAACGUGGAGCAGCUUUUCACCAAGUUCGUGGAAGAAGGAAAGACGACCAUCAGGUUGAAGGAACCGGCGCUGGACAUCUGCCUCAGUAAGGCAGAUGCCAAUAAUUUGAAGAACUUUCUUUCUGCUUUAAGGCUGGCUCACCGAGGUAGUGAAAUAGACACUAUACUAUUGUCCAACCUGGCUCCAGCUAAGACCUCUGAGGUUGAAAAGCCAAAAACCAAAAUGGUGAUUACAUCUAGAAAGGACUAUCCCCUCACCACAAACUUUCCUUACUCUCUAGAAUUUCUGCAGGUGUCCUACUGCAAGCUAGCCCGUGUGGACAUGCGCAUGCUUUGCCUUCGAAAACUACGGAAGCUGGAUCUUAGCAAUAACCACAUACGAAAACUGCCAGCCUCGAUCGGAGACCUUGCUUGCCUGUCUGAGCUUGUUUUGCACAAUAAUUACUUGGAGACAUUCAGUGUUGCAUUGUGUAACUCCACUUUGCAGAAAUCUCUACAGUUUUUGGACUUGAGCCACAACAGAUUGCGUGCUCUUCCUGUCCAGUUCUGUCAACUAAAAGAACUUGUUCAUCUAAAACUCGAUGACAAUGAGUUAAUCCGGCUUCCUUUCAAGAUCGGUCAGCUAGAUAAACUGCGCUUCCUCUCAGCUGCACGCAACAAAUUGCCUUAUCUUCCAUGCGAUUUCCAGAGGUUGUGCCUUGAGAAUGUGGAUCUGUUUGGAAACCUCUUUGAGCAGCCGAAUCCUCUGACUCCAACAGUUCAGCUCCAGAUCCCAAUGACCCUGUUAGAGAUUGCAGCAAGAGCAACAGUAAAUUGCAGAAUUGGUUAUGGGCCACACGUACUUCCAGCUCACCUGUGCCAAGAUCUGGAUUCGACUAAGACAUGCCUUUGCAGAAGAGCCUGCCUGAACUCUUUCAUCCAGGUCGUUAUAAACCUGAACUUACACCAAGUUUCACAUACCGUAGUUCUUGUGGAUAACAUGGGUAGCACAGAGGCCCCAAUUCUCUGUUAUUUCUGUUCACUAACCUGUUACUCAGAGUAUCUUGACAAGCACCAACAACGCAACAGGUGAUCAAUUGCAGGAGAUCUCUGAGAUGUGUAGCAUUUUUGGAUUUCAUGUGUUAAUUUAAGAGGUAAGCAAAGACCUCAUAAUACCUGAUGCCUGCAUAUCCAAAUAGCCGAAUUGAUGCAUACUCUAUAGCAAAUGAAGUUGGAUAACGUAUAUAUAUUUAAAGAGAUCGCAGAAGCUAUUUGGAUGUCGAAGCAACAACUGAGUAUUGCAGUCUUAUCAGGACAAAAACUUUACUUGAAAGAGUUUACAUUUUAAGUCUGAGUUGAAAUAAUGUUCAGCAGUUUUGGUACUGUAUUUUGUAAUCUUUGAACACUUUUUGACCUCAAUAUUAAACACAUUAAAGGAAAUCUACAUCAGUGUUCCAAACGUGCUUGCAAUACUUUUAUAAAAAUGUAAAUGGACCUUGAAACAGUAUAUAAAGUAUUUUAAGUCAUGCAUAUUAGAAAUGAAUAAAAAGAGUACAGUGAUACUCAGUA